AUGGCCAAGUCUACUUCUGUCAAGGCUAAGACCAAGUCUGGGUCGAAGGGCGCUGCCGACCCCUUGACCAAGGUCAAGAAUGCAGGCGUCACCAAGGCUGCUGAGAGCCCCAAGGCCAAGUCUAAGGCCCUCGCCAAGAACAUUGCCGCCAAGAGCUCGAAUGGCAAGGAGAAGAAGAAGAAGAAGCCCACCAAGGUCGAGACCGAGUCCGAGUCGGAAUCGGAGUCUGAGUCUGAAUCUGAGGUUAAGAGCAAGGAGGACGACGGUUCCGACUCUUCUGAUUCGUCUGCAGACGAUAGCUCGUCUGGAUCAUCUGACUCCUCCGAAGACGAGAAGCCGAAGAAGAAGGUCGCCAACGGCGCGACCAAGAAGGCCGCCCCUGCCCCUGCGACCUCGGACUCGUCCGAGUCUGAGUCUGAGUCCGACGGCUCGGAAGAUUCCGAUUCUUCUGAGGAGGAGGUUAAGCCCAAGGCGAAGAAGGAUCUGAAGGUUAACGGUGCUACGAAGAAGGCUGCAGCCAAGAAGGAGUCUGCCUCUUCCUCAGAGUCGGACUCGGAGGACUCUGAUUCCGACAGCGAUGAGGAGGGCGGUGCAAAGGCCAAGGCUGAUGCUGGUUCUUCCGAUUCCGAUUCCUCUGAAUCCGAUGCAGCUUCGUCCGAAGAUUCGUCUGACUCUGACUCUGAUGAUAAGGAAGAGGAAAAGCCCGAGGCUGCUGAAGAGCCAUCGAAGAAGCGCAAGGCGUUGGACGAUCCGGUGAUCCCGCCGAAGAAGGCCAGGACCGAGAACAACGGCGAUCAAAGCUCCACCCUCUUUGUGGGCAGUCUUGCGUGGGCCGUCAACGAUGACAUUCUCCAUGGCGCCUUCUCCGAAUUCCCUGAUCUUGUUUCCGCCCGUGUCAUCACCGAUAAGGAGGGCGGCCGCAGCCGUGGCUUCGGCUACGUCGACUUCGCCAACCCCGAGGCCGCUGCCGCUGCGCUCGAGGCCUGCCAGGGUAAGGAGCUCGAAGGUCGUGCCAUGAACAUCGACUUUUCCGGCGCCCGGCCUGCUCGCUCCGAGAACCCCCGCGACCGCGCCAGCGACCGUGCCCAGAGACACGGUGACACACUCAGCCCCGAGAGCGACACUCUGUUUGUCGGCAACAUUUCGUUUGAUAUGGAUCAGGACUCAGUCCAUCAGUUCUUCUCCGGUGCUGGUGAAAUCACCAGCGUCCGGCUUCCUACCGACCCCGAGUCUGGAAACCUGAAGGGCUUCGGCUACGUGACUUUCAGCUCUGUGGAGGAGGCCAAGGGUGCGCUCAACACACUGAACGGACAAUACCUCGGCGAAGGAAGCUCAGCCCGUGCUGUCCGCCUUGACUUUGCGGGCGCCCGUCCCCCUCGUGAGGGCGGCGGCCGCGGUGGCGGUGGAUUUGGCGGCGGCCGGGGCGGUGGUGGUCGUGGCGGUGGUGGUGGAUUUGGCGGUGGUCGCGGCGGUGGUCGUGGCCGAGGUGGAUUUGGCGGCGGACGGGGCGGUGGCCGUGGUGGAUUCAGCUCCACCAACCGGGGGGGUCUUGGUGAUUUCAAGGGGACCAAGAUCUCCUUCUAA